AUGGCUCAAACCUCACAUGGAUGGAGACCUGAUGGAAGGCAAGAGAGCUUCCAUGAAGAGAUGAAAGAAUCCAUCCCAUCAGGUGACCAUUUUGAACGCCAAAAGCCUGCUCCAGUUGCGGAGUACAGAAAUCCGGAGACUAUUAAGGGAUCUGCAUUAUUAUCCUCUCUGCGCAGCAAACCAGCUUCAUUUAAACAAGAAGACACCUGUUCCAAGAAAAUCAAUAAGGUUGCAUCUUUCACCAACUUUCAAACAUUCCCCGGUCCAAAUGCAAGGACAAAGGUAACUGUGGACAGUCAAAUGGGAGUGGGGAAAAAUAGCGUACAAUGGGUUAGUCGUACAAACAAUCCGGCACAGCCGGGAAUCAACAACGGAAUAACUGUCAAAAGUAACGAAGAGACUCAAAGCAGUGGUACUAAAAAGAAGUUUGACAAAAGCAUGGAAGAGUUACCAAAGGUUAACAAUCGUGGCCCUGGAGUGGGUAGAUCGGUUUCUAACAGAGAAACCCGGGUUCCUUCUGUAUUCAAGAACGGAAAGCCAGAAAUUUCGAAUCAACAAAAAUUCUUCAUUCCAAAGGAGCCCGUUAAUGAUUUCAAAAGCCCCACAAAACCUAGUGAACCCCCUAGAAGUCCACCGCAAAACCUCUCCUUGGAAAGCCCGACGAGUCCAAAGGGUAUUAAAGAUUCUCCUAAGUCUAGUGAAGAAGAAGAACCGCAACUCACAACAAAACAGAUCACGGGAAUUCUUGAAAGGAAGUUAAAGUUUCGAUUGCAUCCACCGGGAACAGAUACUCAUGCAUCCAAAACCAGCACUGCGCAGACACCGAACAGCAGAGAAGACUGCCAAGUGGGUUUCACGAAUCACAUGGAAGAAAAUCCCCCAAGACCGAAUUCCGGAGAAAACAACUCCAGUAAUUCUAAUGCACCUAACAUUGGUGACUAUCCAGCAACCAAAAAUGAUGGAAUUCUUCAUUAUCCUAAACGUGACGGUGAUAUUACAGGUCAGGAGCAGUUGUCUUACGGUUAUAAUCCUAAUUCUGUUACGAAGAAGGGUCACACACGAGAGUUGAGUCAAAUGUUUGAUCAACAACUGUCAGAGGGUCCAACUCAAAGUAUAAAGACGCAAGCAACUGUAAACCUGAAAAAGUUUUCUUCUUUUGAUGCUCCUGAGCAGAGUGGGAUGCCCGCUCCUAAACUACGAAUAUCAUUCCCACCGGAUGAUCAGUUGGCUGUCACACACGAUUACGAAGCCGAGCCAAUUGCAACCAAGGCGGACACGGAUAGCGAUGGUAGCGGAAGCGAAGAUGAUGCAACAAAUGCCAAUUGGCCGAAGGGGAAUGUGAGCAGUGCAGAUGAGACAGAGGACUCAACCGAUUCCAUGGCAGCCAAAACCCCAUUCCUCCACCGUCAUCGAAAAUCGUUUCCUCGUCCAAAAUGGUCAACCAAAGAUAAUAAUGUUUGUUAUGAAACCGACACUGAACAGACACCUUCAUCCAUGAUCAGUGACCAACAGCUACAAGAGGACAAAUCGAUUGCGAGCAUUGACCAAGUCGAUGAAGCGGCAUACAUUUUGCAACGUUACGCUCUGUUGACUGGUAUUGAUUUGCAGGAUGAGUUAACUUGUUUGCGGAAUAAAUUGGAGGAACUGCGUAAAAAUGAAUCCCAGAGAAAACAUACAACGCACAGAGAUUAUCCAAUCGGACAUAUCACAACACCAAUCAUCAUACAGCAACAGGACUCCACGUUGCCAGAUGGCUUCUCAUUGACGGAAACCGGGGAUACAGAGAGUAGCAUACAGACGUGUUCCACCGACUCUGGAUAUUGGUAUGCAUAA